CGCGUGGACUGGUCCCGUUUCAGCUAAAGCCAGUUUAGUUUUUGCCUCCUCCUCCAGCAUCCUCACAAGCUGCGGUGCGACGCGCGCGGUAGUGGAAGCGGUGCGUCUGCGUUCGCGUUGCGGUGUCCUUCUGCUCCACAUUGCCUGUCUUGUAACCACAUUAUCAGCCAACUGAUUCUACACUCUAAGAAGGAGAGCGCGGACAGCAGCAAGAGGAGAUAAAGAGAGAGCAGAGAAAGAGAAGAGGAGAGGAGAAAGGAGGAAAAUAAGUCGCUGUUGUGUCUCCACUGAGCCUCCGCGGAGAAGAUGCUGAGAAUAGUGUUGGCUGUAGUCGCUCUGGGAUUGAGCGCUGCUCGCAGCAAAGACCCAUGACCAGACCAUCCAGUCUCUCUCUGUCUCUCUGUCUCCCACAAACAGGAAUAUUAAAUAAACACAAGCCAUGGAUUGAGACAUCUUACCAUGGGGUGAUCACUGAAAACACUGACAUCGUUCUGCUGGAUCCUCCUCUGGUGGCUCUGGACAAAGAUGCCCCCAUCCCUUAUGCAGGGGAGAUCUGCGCUUUCAACAUCCAUGGACUGGAGGCUCCGUUCAAAGCAGUGGUGCUGAACGGUACGUCUGGUGAGGGUCAGCUGAGGGCCAACGGCCUGGUGGACUGCGAGUUGCAGAAGGAGUACACCUUCAUCAUACAGGCUCAUGACUGUGGCUCAGGUCCCGGGGGAACAGAGGGCAAGAAGUCCCACAAGGCGGUGGUGCAUAUCCAGGUCAAUGACGUGAAUGAGUUUGCACCUGUGUUUCGAGAGCCCCAGUACCAUGCAGCGGUGACGGAGGGAAAAAUUUAUGACAGCAUCCUGCAGGUGGAGGCCACUGACCAGGACUGCUCCCCACAGUACAGCCAGAUCUGUAACUACCAGAUAACUACAAGUGCGACGCCCUUUGCUAUAGACCGCAAUGGUAACAUCAGAAACACAGAGAAGCUGAGCUAUGACCAUCAGCAGCAGUACGAGAUCCUGGUAACGGCUUGGGACUGCGGCCAGAAGAGGGCGCUGCACAGUGUCCCUGUUAGCAUUGAUGUCAAGCCUGUCUGCAAACCUGGCUGGCAAGGUUGGAAUAAACGAGUGGACUAUGAGCCUGGGACAGGAAGUAAGCAGCUGUUUCCCAAGAUGCACCUGGAGACGUGUGGCGGGCCGCUCUCGUCAGUGAGGACCACCGUGGAGCUGCAGACAAAUCACAUUGGGAAGGGCUGUGACAGAGAAACCUACUCUGAGAAAUCUCUACAGAAACUCUGUGGAGCCUCCUCGGGCAGCACUGACCUUCUCCCUGCCCCCAGUGCCACCACCAACUGGACGGCGUCGCUGGUGACUGACAGCGGGAGGGACAGCGACUUGAUUUUCAGGUUUGACGGUCGUCAGGCAGCAAAAAUCCCAGACUGGGUGGUUCCCCAAAAUCUGACUGACCAGUUCACCAUAGCCACGUGGAUGAAGCAUGGGCCCAGUCCUGGACUCAGAGCUGAGAAGGAGACGCUGCUCUGUAACUCUGACAAGACUGAGAUGAACCGUCAUCACUACUCACUGUACGUCCAUAACUGCCGCCUGGUGUUCCUGCUGAGGAGAGAAUUCACUCAAGUGGACACAUUCAGACCAGCCGAGUUCCACUGGAAGCUGGAGCAGAUCUGUGAUAAGGAAUGGCACUACUAUGUCAUCAACGUGGAGUUCCCAGUGGUGACACUGUAUGUGGAUGGUGUGACCUUUGACCCCUACCUGGUGACAGACGACUGGCCCAUCCACCCGUCACAGAUUGAUAUGCAGUUGACAGUCGGGGCCUGUUGGCAAGGCGGGGAGGUGACCAAGCCGAGGUUCACUCAGUAUUUCCGGGGCAGCCUCUCUGGACUGACCAUCCGACCGGGGAAGAUCGAGAGCCAGAAAGUCAUUUCCUGUCUGCAGGCCUGCAAAGAGGGACUGGACAUCAAUUCCCUUGAGAGCUUGGAUAAGAGCAUAAAGUUCCACUUCAACCCAGCUCAGUCCAUCCUGGUAAUGGAGGGAGAGGACCUGGAAAACAUGAACACUGCUGUCAGGAAAGUUUCCUACAUCAACUCCCGCCAGUUUCCCACACCAGGCAUCCGACGACUGCGCAUCUCCACUGCUGUCCAGUGUUUUGGUGAAGACACGUGUAUCACCAUCCCCGACAUUGAGGCGGUGGUGAUGGUGCUGCAGCCGAGUGAGCCCAGGAUCACCAUCACUGGAGUGGAGAGACUGAGUCGACCGGCCUCCGAACUCAGAGCAAAUGGAGUCGUGCUUUUCCAGGACCUUCACAUCAUUAGCACGGUGACCAGAGCAGAGGCCACUGCACAACACACAGCACGUCGGCCUGGGGUGCUGGAGGAGAUCAUUCAUAACUUGGACUAUUGUGACAUCCUGGUCCUGGGGGAGGAGCUGAGACCAGAGCAUGAGUCUCUCCAACUGCAGCGAAGCACUCUGCUCGGAAAACACCUCGACGCCACAAACUCCACCUCUGGCAUGUCCAUAUACGGUGUGGACUCCAUGUCCAAGUAUGAACAGGUGAUCAGACAGGUGCGCUACUAUAACUGGAAGCCCAAUCAACUGACAGAAAGAAGGUUUCGCCUCACCUGCUCAGAGCUCAACGGACGCUACACCAGCAACGAGUUAAACCUGGAGGUGAGUGUGCUGCACAGCUCAGAGGCCGAGGGACAUGUCAAUCACCUGGUGGCCCCGCCUCAGUACAUGCAGGUGGUCCACCAUCCAUCCAUGAUUCACAGCCUUUACCCCAGCCACAGCUCUGGUGUACCAAGUGCCACCACAGUGGUUAUCGUGAUGUGUAUCGCCGCCCUGGUGGUAGUUGUGGUGCUGGGCAUCUACCGCAUUCACCUGAACCACCAACAGGAUGACAAGCAGGUCGAGAUGACCAGAGAGACGGACAUGACCUGGAAAGACUCAGCUCUCACGAUCACCGUCAACCCAAUGGAGAACCUUGAGGAGCCCCAGGCUGCAGAGGAGGACGAGGCCAGCGAGGAGGAUGAGGAGGAAGAGGACGACAGUGAAGAGGAGGAGGAAGAAGACGAGGAAGACGAUGACAUCACCAGUGCUGAGUCGGAUGACAGUGAGGAAGAUGUGGACGUCCAGUUACCCAGGAUGCAACGCUCAAGCAGGAAGGGCCUAAACUGGGACAAAAAAACAAUAUGUUAUUGAAACACACACACACACACACAUGCAGUGUCUCCCACACACACACAAACAUAAAAACACAGUCAUUCUGCAACAGCAACAUCACAAACACUAACCUUAAAUCAGAAGGUUAAAACAAACUUUAUAAAAAUGACUUUAUAAAAUGGUGAUGAUCUAAAAAUGAGAUCUCUCUCUCUUUACACUCACACACACACAUACACGCGUGUGCACACGCACACAGAUUGCAAUGAUUUAUCCAUAGCCUCGUCUCACACACACACACACACACACACACACACACACACAAAGCCUCCCCAUUUUAUACAGCCGAUCACAAAGGACGCGACUCUACAACUGCUCAUCAAUCAAAGGACGCUCAUCCUUCUUAAAGGGACAGCUCGCCAAAUUUCUCUUACUGUCUCCACCACUGCUAAAACAGUCGAAUCCCUCUUGUCAAUCAAAGCUAAUGUUUUAGAUCCCAGUGACAUUUCUGAUGUCCCAUUAAUGCAAAAUAGUCUUUAUUUAAGAAAAGAAGAGAAACAUGACUAUUUUUUGGUUUGUAUACUUCAUAUUAUUUAUCAGUCUUUAUUCCAGCCUAUGUGGCAAAGCCAGGUGAUUUUACAGAAAUAGCAUAUUUUCAAUGGUACUCAAAAAAAACAAAAAAAGAUAAUGGGUGUGCUGUCACAGGUCAUAUUGAACUGAGUUCUGAGUAUUUGGAGACGACAGGAGUCUCCUUGUACAUUUUUAUAUGCUCCUUUCUUGUAAAUACUGAGUAUAACGUGUGAGCCUCCCUCCCACUCCCUUCCUCCACCCAGAGACUCUCCUCCUCAUAUAUGUAUGUACACACCCCCAAACCCUGAGCCGGCAGGAGUCUCUGCAGGAGUCUCUGCAGGAGUCUCUGCAGGAGUCUCUGCAGAACUGACCCUCCAGUCUCCGCUCUGUGUGUUCAAAUCAUUCCAGCUGAAUGUGCCACUGACACGGUAGCAGCUGCAGUCGAGACAUGGAAGAGAGAAAGAAAGCUGUACUUUUUAAUAGUUGUCAUAAAGGUCAGAACUAUUCUUCUGAGGACACUGCAUUGACCUCAGACUAAACAAAGCAUUAUCCCUGACCCUGACCAUAACCACUUACUGCUCAAUCCUGACUAACCACAAUCCAAAUCUUAGCCUUAAACUUGACCAGUUCCUCAGAAAUGAGGUCCUGCCUCAUUAGGAACAGGUUUUGGUCUCCAUGCGGACUACUGGUCCUGACAAGGUCAGUGUUUAUGCCAGAAAAGGUUUUAGAAUACACACACACACGUACUUGUACAGGAUUCUUAGUGAGGGCACUCGCAGACAUAUUGCAUUCCCAGCAGUUAGCUUCUUAACCAUCAGAACUACAUACUCACACUAAUCCUCACAUGACCCUGACUUAAACCUACUUCUAACCAGAAGUCUUAACCCAUAAACAGCCCAUUCAAAGUGUGGCAGAGGCACUUUAAGGGAGUUCACUAUCAAAUUUGACCAAAUGCCACUGCCCUCCCCAAAGCAUAGCUCCUAAAUUUACUACGCAUGAAUAAUUUAACUAGACGUUAGGGUAUUAACAAACUAGCCAAUUUUAUUUAUCAAAAUAGGGUUCUCAAAAGUGGUCAUUUCUAGGGACUAAAGCUGUUUUCUGACAUGAACUCUUUCCUGGAAUUCAUGGCAGAGAAAAUGCUUUUCAGUAAACUUGGAAACAAAUGCAGCAGGAGAUCAGAUGUAUACAAAACUAAAGGAGUCCAGAUCAGAGGUUAGUAGUCCAGUUUAUGGCAGGAGAAGGUCCAGGAAAGAUCCACAUACAGCCCCAUGAGAUCAUUUCAGGAGAAGAAGCAGCUUUAGGAACGCAGUCAUGUUCAGGGCUCAGUUCAGCUUUGCUGCUGAGUCUGAGCUGAUGUCGUCUUGGAUUUCAAAGGUAAAACCUUUAAUGUGAUAUUUCACAUUUAAAAUGUGAUCACAGCAUUUUCCCCUUGAACAUAUAUAACAUACAUGUUUGUUGUUUGUAUGACUGAGUUAUGUUGUGAGCAGAACAUUAUAAUGACAUCUUUAAUAACAGCUACAAGAGUGCAUGUCUGACUCUGGAAUAAGGAAUAUAAUAAUAAAAAAAACAUUAAAUGUAAAAACAAUAUUAAAAAUAAAAGAUUAGUUUAAAAUGUAAUUAUAUGUAACUAUAAUGCAUAGUCAAUGAAGUGUGUAAACCAAGAGAUUUUAAGCUCUGAUCAAAGUGUUAUAUUAAGAAGGUAUAAAAUGAUUCAAUGUAAUGUGAAAGGUCACAAUAACCCGAACAGCACAGGGAAGUAUCAUGUUCCCCCCAAUACGACAAACACGUUUACAGCGUGUUUACCAAAGUCUUUUUUGGUUAAAUAAAUAAAUAAAUAACUAGACAUGAUGGCGAUUGAUGGCCCUCUGUGAUUAACGGCUCGUGUACGUAACUAAAGAGCCCUGUGUCGUUUCUCAGGAGUUGGUUGAGUUGGUUGAGACCAAAACAGAUCAAAAAAACACAGAGAUGAUGUGUAAACAAGUAUCUGCUCAUAUUUAACAUUUAAGGAUAUAUCAAAAUUAUUAUCAUAAUCAUUUAUGUUGCAUACUUAAUGUGUUUCUUGUUUGUCAUUCGCUGACGUAGAAUUGUGAUAAAGGUCCACUGUGUAAGAAUUAGUGCCAUCUAUUGGUGAGACUGCAGAUUGUAACAAAGCAGGUCAGGAAACUGACCCCGGCCUUCACAGUCGUGUCCAGUUGUUGGUCAGCAGAUGAGGUGUAUACGUGAAUCUUCAGGUUUAAUCCCCCUUUGAAACACUGUAGACACCCGCCCACUCUCUCUUCAUUGGUUUAUGCUUGUUUGUGUCCACUUCAAAACUCAAAAUGCUCACUGUCGUUUGGGCCUGCUGUAGAGACAUGGUGGCACAAGAUGGCUGCCUCUAUAAAGCAAGGCCCUGGCUUCAAGUGCAUAUCAAAGGUUUAUUUCUGGGCAUCGAAAGUGGUCAGCCUAUGGCCAAGCAGAAAGGACACAUGGCAACCGGAGGGUUGCCAGUUUGAGUUCCUGCCAGGUCAAGGCCUGGGGUACCCCUGAGUCUAUUACCCAAUUCCCAUUUGCUCAUUGUUGAUUGGACACUCUAAAUUGACCCCACCCACCACGGGACCACAUCCAGUGUGCUCCUUGUGCCGGUCCCAAGCCCGAAUAAAUGGGAAGGUUGUGUGGCUGUGAUCUGCUGUGGAGGGACCUGAAAGAAAAGAAAAUAUCCAAGGCAACAAAACCUUCAUACACUGUCACUAUUCAUUCAAAUUCUGCCAAUAAACCCUGCUAAAUGUCACACACUGGAACUUUAAUUUAAGAUAAAGCACCAGCAUGUACUUUCAUGAACAUAAUCUAUAAAUAAUCUAAUAACAUCAGUGUAUACUGAAAAGAGUUUCAGAAUCUGUGAGGAAGUGGAUUUAACUCAUUUAAACUGAGAAGUUUAAAAUGCAACUUCACUCAUUUCUUACCAAGUUGAACUCCUAGAACUCAGUGGAGGAGUGUUAUUGCAUCUCACCUGCAAGAAACUUUCCCACUGAAUGAAAUGCGGUAUUAAUGGAAGAAAUGUGGUUCCAAGGAAUGAAGUCACAUUCCAUAAAUCCCACUUCAUUAGAGACACUCGGGGGCCACUGGCUUGUGAAGUUGCCUGGUGCAACUUUUAGCAUUAAAUCAGAGAAAGAGGAGUGAGGGCUUUUGGCAGUGUCACUUUUGACAAAAUUAGAAAACCCAGUCGGGGGAGGUUCGUUUUUCUUCUUUUUCCACCUUGAAGUGGACAGGCGUUAAUUUGUAGUCAUGGCCAUCCUUAAUCCUUAAUCCAAUCUGUGUGCACCGUUUGACUGCACAGAGUCCAUAAAGGACAGAAAACAAGUGGUUGAUGGUUCAGUUGUCCACUGAUAAACUGAGGUUUGGCGUUUUCUGCUCUUCACAUUUGACUGCUGUCGUUGGGGAAGUGACUGUAUGUGUGUGUAUGUGUGUAUGUGUGUAUGUGUGUAUCCUGUAGCUCUGUGUUCAUGUAAAGAUCUCAUAUGAUGUUUAAGAGUUUUCCUCACUCCCCAUCCUCCCACUCACCCCUCCACCCACACCCGCUGGUGGAUUUUGCAGCGGCCCAAGUCCUAAUGUUGUCCUGAUGUUCGUUUUAGAAGAAGAAGGCGGUGAAAUUAACAUGGAAAACAAAUGUAGUUGUUUUUCUUUUUUCUCUUUUUUUUAAGGUUUCUCUUUUUUUCCCUCUGGACUUUUUGGUCUGUUUUUCUUUGGAAUGGUCACUACAGCACUUUCUGUAAAUUGGCCAAUAAAAACUGUUGUUUUUGAAAUCUA